GGGAACUCCGACGGCGGAGUAGCGACGCGUCGUCGGAGUCGUCGCGACGGUUCGAGCGAUCCGGGAAAAUUCCGUUUUCGCCGGGCGAAAAUUCGACGAGAGAAAUUUCUCCGGUUAGUUCGUCGGAGUUGCCGCGGGAGUUGCGGGAGUUGCAGUGGAUUUUCCUUUUACGGGGGAGUUUGACGGGAAGACGUCGGAGGAGAGUUUGGAAAUUUCGCUGGGAAAAGAAUAAUUCGUUCGAGAAGAGGAAAACACAAAUGGCACGGGCGAUAUGCUUUGAAAAACGGAAAACUGCGACGGUUUUUCCGAGUCGUCUCGUUUCAAUUGGGCGCUUUUCCGUUUAGUGUGAUUUUCCAACAAAUGGAGAACUACCUCUGGAUUUUCCUCUGCGCUUACAACAUAUGGGUGGUAUCUUCGAUCAGCUCGGGCAUCAAAUGGGUGCGAGUCAACGUGCCCCAAUACAGGGUGCCCGGCGAAACCGCCCUCCUGCAAUGCGACUACGACCUGGGCAAUGACACCCUCUACUCGGUCAAAUGGUACAAAGACCACGAGGAGUUCUACAGGUUCGUGCCCAAGGAACGGCCGCAGGCCAAUCGGUACGAAGUCGAAGGCGUCCAAGUCGAUAUGAGCCGUUCGGAUAGGAAGAAGGUGGUGAUUCGUCCGGUGAGCUGGAAAACGACGGGGCUUUUCCGAUGCGAAGUGUCGGCGGAGGCGCCGUCUUUCGCGUCUGCGCAGAGCGAGGCGAAAAUGGAGGUCGUAGCCCUGCCAACAGAGAACCCAGUCAUAACUGGCGUGGAGCAGGAGUACCAAAUAGGCGACGAAAUCAACCUAAAUUGCACAUCAGGCAGGAGCCAUCCGGCCUCCAUAUUGCACUGGUACAUCAACGAGCAACAGAUCCAGAAACCCGAGGCUCUGAUACCCUACCCGGAGGAGCACCACCGACACGGGCUGGUCUCUUCCGUGCUGGGUCUCCGGUUCAGGCUGGGCAACCACCACUUCAGGGGCGGCUCGAUGAGGGUCAAAUGCGUCGCCUCGAUGACGCCGGUCCUGUACCAGAGCGACAGGGAGAGCAUCGUGCAGACCCAAACGUUGCCUUUGAGGGAGGCUCUUCUGCUCGUGAAAAGCGGAGUUGGGAGGAUCUGCUGGGAGGUUUCGAUGGUUUCCAUAGCUGUGGUGAUGGUGUUGUCGACGUGA